GUCUGCUAGAUAUCGCCGAGAUAGACGUUUAUAAUCGAAACGGCUGUUUCAGUUGGCAAAAAAAUAGUUUGUGCAUUAAAUUUAUAUAUAUACUGCCGACUGUUUUAGUAUAAUGUUAAAGGUAGGCACAGAAAUAUAUGAAUAAAUAUGCUUUUCCCAGUAUAAUAUUUCGCUGCCACUUCCUUGUUUGACCUGCGUGUGUGGGCCUUUUUCUUUAGUCUCAGUUGCGCAUGCUGCAUGCUGUUUUCAGUUCAUUCUGCCACUGGUGCUGUGUUGUUAACGUCCUAUGAGCUUCGAGGAAAUUCUGCAAAAUAUAAAUAAACUCUUGUUACAGUUUUUGUUGUUUUAAAACGGUUUGGGUUGGCAAUGUUUUACUACUAUUGAGUUGUACGUCGCAUGUAUAUAAAACUUAACAUUACUAAUUAGUUCAGAUUUUUGGUUAAUGCUGUGGUUAAUAUUUGUGUAAGCUAUCAUUUUUUACUGUUAAAGUGUCCCAAGAUUAAAACGGCAAGUACUUCAGACCAAUAGUUGUAAACAAAUUAUUAAUCUGUGCAGUUUUGUGGAAUGCUAUCCAGUAUGAACAACAACAUGUCUUUGUGUGGUCCUGGUUCAUUAGUUGAUUCUCUGAACAUGAACAGUGUGAGCAAUCAUGUUUUGGGAAGUCUCGGAACUUCACAACUUUCAUCUUCCGUGACUUCAAGUCUCUUGUCAAACUCCUCUUGUUCUCCAGUCUCUUCCUAUUCAGGUCUUAACUCCAGCACGAAUGUGAACAACAAUUUGACCAACAGCAACUUAAAUACACUACCAUCCAUGGAUGAAUCCAAAACCAACCUCAUUAUAAAUUACUUGCCACAAGCCAUGACCCAGGAAGACUUAAGAAACCUUUUCAGCUCGAUUGGAGAACUUGAGUCUUGUAAACUAAUUCGUGACAAAUUGACAGGCCAGAGUCUUGGAUAUGGUUUUGUGAAUUAUGUCAAAGCUGCUGAUGCUGAAAAAGCAAUUAAUUCAUUAAAUGGACUUCGAAUGCAGCAAAAAACAAUAAAGGUUUCAUUUGCUCGACCAAGUACCCCUCUUAUAAAGGAUGCCAAUCUCUAUGUAAGUGGUUUGCCUAAGUCGAUGACACAGGAAGAUUUGCAAAGAAUUUUUCACCCAUUUGGUCGAAUUAUAACUUCGCGAAUACUUGUCGAACCCAGUACAGGCAUGUCAAGAGGCGUUGGCUUCGUCCGUUUUGACAAGCGACCUGAAGCAGAAAACGCGAUUAGUGCUUUAAACGGGACAAUUCCUGCUGGUGCUAAGGACCCAGUUACUGUUAAGUUCGCCAACAACCCUUCACAAAAGAACCAGCAAGUUUUACAGUCGCUAUAUGCUGCUGCAUCACCCACUCGUAGGCUUGCUACACCUGCUGCUGGACCUUUAUAUCAUCAAGCACGAAACUUUAGAGCAAGUCCAUACCCAGAAGUACGUGCUGCUUCCCUUGUAGCAGCCAGCAGUUUACAAGCGGCUCCUACCCUUCAACUUGCCCCAGCAGCUACUGAUUAUGCCUUUCCACAAGUUCUACCCGCUGGUUUUACAACAUUAGACUCGUUAUCUGGAAUGUCGAGCAUACCUGGUCUUACACUGAUGCCAGCACCUGCAACUGCUCUCACACAACUGCAACCCCGUACAAUUCCAACUUCAUACACUCAAUUUCUGCCACAAGGACUUGGCUCGUUAACCCCUCUUACCCCACUUCCUGUACAAACUUCUCAAGCUGCAACUCUGACUAUGGCUGCCGCCCCUACGGCCUCUGGAUCAGUUGGUGUCCUCACGGCUGCACAGGUAGCUCCUAAAACCACCACCGCACUUGCAGCAGAUGUUGCGGCCUCCUCCACAGCACAAGCAACACCCUCAUCCAGCACAGCACAAACUUCUUGCCCGAACGAAUCUAGGUACUCCCCCAUCACCCCUGAACUCCUGACCUCUAUGGGCAUGCCGAGCACAGCUCCAUCUGCUUCAUCCUCCACCGUUGCUCCAAAUUUUGGAAUCUGCAUCUUUGUCUACAAUCUUGCUCCUGAAACGGAUGAAAAUAUCCUCUGGCAAUUGUUUGGACCGUUCGGAGCCGUAACGAGCGUUAAGGUUAUACGCGACUAUCAAACCCAAAAGUGCAAGGGCUACGGCUUUGUCACCAUGACCAACUACGAAGAGGCGUUUAUUGCCGUGUGCAGUUUGAACGGCUACAAGCUGGGCGACCGCGUCCUCCAGGUGUCGUUUAAAACGGCAACGUCCAGACUAAAAUUCAUGCAUUGAACCCUACGAGGCCACAGAUCCGCAAAGUUCCGUUCGUAUGAUUUCCCUCUGUUGCUCGAGACGUUUUUGUUUUGGUCGGUCCGCCAAGCGGUCGUCCCAAUAAUGUUUACGUAUAUGUUUGUCCCUCUGUUGUAUAGUUUGAUAUUCAUUUGACUUAACCCUGCGCGAACGUCCGUACCGUACGCUUACUAGUUCGUAUAUUUGCAUUAAGCAUAUAUGUUAUGCCCGCUCUGUCUGUGUCACGUCGUCAUCCCCAAACGGUCCCUUAAUCAAAUCUCAAUUGAUCCUGAUCCAUCCUACUUUAUCUCCUAUAUCGACCACCUAUAUGCCCGCGCUAAACCCUUUAAACUUCGUUUCCAUCCACUAAUGGAAAAGCGGACAUGAAACAGCGGCGGUUUCGAUUUGCAAAGCAAACUCGACUUUGCCGCCGAUCACCUAUCGAUCCUCGUAACCAAAUUUAUAAUUAGUUUAUCCGUCCCCCCGGCACCUCAUCCCAUACCCUCACAUUUUAGCGCCAAAGUCCCAUUAUGUGAUUACGUGGUCGUCUAUCUAAGUUUGAUUCCCCAUACGUUCCGUCUCAUACUUAAUUCGGAUCAGUUCACUUUAUCCCACCCACAACCGCGCGAUUUGUCGCAGCGUGCGUCAUUUUACCCCACCCCGAUUAACCUUUACUUUUACUCGAACUUUUACACCCCCUUCGAUUUUAAAACCUUUUAACCCUACCCCGCCUUUUACACCCAAACGACGUGACCAGGCCUCAAGAGCAUUCCACGUACUUAUACAACAUAUACAUGUUGUGUGUUACCGUUGUGCUGACAAUCUUACUGUGAACUCUCUUCCAAUUAUACACAUUCCUUGCCCAAGUACAACCUAUAGAACACAAAGCAAUACUGCGCAUAUAGCAUGUGUACCGUGCAAUAUAUAUCCAGUUCCAAGCAUGCAUGAGUAUCUACGUUGUGCUCGCCUUUGUUCCUUUUACUCCGUGCUUUCUUUACCCAGAGAUUUUCGUUCUGUUUUUGUUCCUAUUUUUCGUUCAUCUGUCACAAAGUAGUCCUUUAAAUAUGAGCACAAAAGUGUUGUCAAAAUUGCCAGCAUUAACUGUGAAAGAAACCUAUCAGGUCCUGCCUUACAAUACGACUGUGCUGUUCCACAAUCCGUUGAUUCCAAUGUUCCAAUAUUUCCAACAGCACAAAAAUCCCUUCAGUUAAUUCGCGCGUUAAAAACGAUCGAAUUUUUAAAUGCCUAUGUUUAAUGCAUUUCCAUUACAGCAAUUCUGCAUCUUGUGUCUUAACAAUUUUAUUUCAGUCUUGCUCGAUUUUGUUACUUGGACUAUUUAUUUUCAUUUUUCGUUUUCUUUCCCUAAGGCGUUUUGGUUACACAUAUCCUUUUUUGCAUUGCUAACAUACAUAACCUUUUGCGUUGUUUUCAACCCAGUAUAACAUUAAUAUCGUGUAUGGCGUUACUUUACGAUCGCCUUUCUGUUGUCUAACACCUGUGUUCUUUCGGUAUCUGAUUAAUUCACUGGUAACGUUACUGCCACAUUAAACUUUUUGUUGUAACUGCCA